CCGCCAGCCACACCUCCAACAUCCUCCCACUACAAUACAUCCCUCAUCUCAAUCUCAAAAACGCUAUACUCAACUUCAUCCGCCGAAAGUAAUAUUUAUCAUGGGCGUACCAAGCAGCGUCCGAUGGUACCACCUCCUCGGCUUCUUCAUCCUAGUCGGCUCACGAGAUCUCUACCUUUGGACACUCAUCAAAAUCCGCGACUUUUACGAUCACUCAUGUAACAUCUUGAACUCAACUAUCUACAAUCUCCAAAUCACAAGUCGUAACUGCUUACGUCUACUCCAGCUCGCACCUCCCCCAGAAUUCACCCGAUUCGGAACCCUCCCACUGGAAAUCAGACGACUGAUCUGGUCAUUCGCAGCAAGUCAGCCGCGCGUUAUUGAACUUGGACAUUCAAAAGAUCGCAAGACGCGGAAACAUGUUCUUCCUACUCACGAGAUAGAGAAUGGAGGGGGGAUUCGAAGCAUCGCAGAAAUCCCGCCCGUCUUGCAUACAUGUCGAGAAUCCAGGGCUGAAGGCCUGAAACGCUAUAUAUUAGCAUUCGGAACCCCAGAGCAUGAAGCGAGGGUAUACGUCAAUUUCGCAAACGAUGUUGUUUUCCUCGGGAGGAGAUGUCCUAUAUAUUCUGCUGUGGGAUCGAUACCUGCUACUUGGAGUCGCAGGCAGGAGCACUGCGUGCGGAUGAAUGAUCUGGAGAAAAUUACUCGUCUGGCGAUUCGGUGUGAGUCUAGUUGGGGACUGGUGGUGAAUGCGUGGGAUAGGGAGAGGUUUGGGGGGGUGAGGGAGGUGGUGGUUGUGGGGCAGAGGUGGGGGGAGAGGAGGUUUGAUUUAGGGAGGAGGCCGGAUUUGAGGGUGAGUGGUGAGGAGGGGGUUAGGUGGGAGGAUGUUGGGAGUGUAGGGAGUGAGAUUAGGAAGUUUGUGGGGAUUAGGGUGUUGGAGGAUAGGGUUGGGAUUCGUGGAGAGAGAUUGGGGGAGAGUGAGAGGCUGAUGAGACGGGAUGUGGUUGUGAGGGAUGGGUCGUUUGUGAAGGGGUUGGGGGAUAAGUGGUUUAGUCCUAGGAGAUCGUGGGUUUUCUGA